UUUUUUUCUUCUGUUUCUUCUUUUUUUUUAUUAACAAAAAUAUAAAAACAUUAUACAAUAUGACUGUGACCGAAAGCCAAUUUCCUCUUGGAUAUUUCUACAUUAUUUCCAAAAUGAACGAGCUCGUGAUUGAUUUACGUGGCCCUGAAACUGCUACCGUUUCCUCCAAGAUUGUUAUGGCCGCAAAGAAGCCUACUUCUCCUGAAAGAGAUAGUCAACUCUGGAUCCAUCAAAAUGGUUUCUUGACAAACAAGUCUACAGGUCUUGUUUUAGACAUUAACAAGGCUGAAAGCUUUGUCGCCAUCUUUACCAAGGAAAACCGUCUUUAUUUAGACAAGAUGAAGGAUCAAGAAGCUGCUAACGAUCAACGCUUCGGAUAUGAAGCCGAGACUGGUUAUAUUUAUGCUUUAUGUAACCAUGAUUUAGUGGUGGAUAUUCGUCAUGAAGAUUUAAAGGAAGAUGCCCGAGUCAUGGUGUAUGAAAAGAAACCUAUUGCCGAAGCCGCUAACCAGUUAUGGACACUUGAACUUGCUGAUCCUCCAAGAAUGAUUGAUUCUGAUGAUGAAGAUGAGGAUGAUAGUAAGCGUGAGCGUAUGAAGGCCUGGUUCGGUAACUGGAAGGGUUGGGGACACAAGAAGGGUGAGGUUUUGGCCGAAAAAGAUUUGGUAGAAGCCAAUGAAAAGGUCUACAAGAACAAGAAGGAGAAGGCUAGUUAUGAAUUGAUUGCUGCUGCUGCUGCUUAUGAAGCUGUCAACGUUUGGGAAAAGAAGCAAAAGGAAGAAGGUAAAGAAGUCCAACAUGCUACUGCUAAAAAGUUGAUUGCUGGUAUUGCUGCUAAAGAGCUUGUUAAAUUACUUCAAGAAAGAGGUACUGAGAAGGAAUUCAAGGAAGAUAAGCGCAAGAACGAAAUGAUUACCAACAUGACCAAAUCAGCUGCUAUCAACUACUUUGACUCCAAGCAUGGUUAUUAAUUUGAUUUAAUAACUAAAAAUAAAUAAAUAAAUAUCCCCCCGCUUUUUUUACAUAUCCAGGCUA